UCGAGCGGGAACGGUUGAGGGUGAGGGACAAGGGAGCAGAGAGCGAUUACGAGCCACGGGCCUUCUCGGCCUCGUCGUGCAGCGCCCCUAACGCGCUCCUUCCCAACGACAACGUGAAAACGGAGGAGGAGGACACACGGACACCGGCGGUACCACUACAUCGAGUCUCAGAGCCAGCCAGUACUAUUAACGGCAACCUCGUUGGUUACUUCGGGGAUAGCAUUGUGGGUAGCUUCGCGGGUAGGUUCGGGGGUUGAUACGAGGCCAGGUUAUAAGACGGAUCGCGAUCGACUUGGUGAAUGCCGCUAGUGGUGCGCGCGCCAGUGUUGAUCGCGGUGGCGGUGGCCAAGGUUAUUAUUAUUAUAUUAUAGCCUAGUUUAGAUUGCCGUGGAAGCAAUGAGGGAGGCGGCGCGGGGCUGGAUAUCUCGGCGGCCGGAGUCGUAGGUGCGUUGAGGCCGAGGAAAGGAGAGGUGUGGUGGACCACCACCGAGCGGACGGAGAAGGAGAGUAAAACGGCAGACUCAUCGUCACGACAUCGUGUUAGCGUACCUCGUCAGGCCGAGACACGUGCGCUCUCGGCUCGUUGCCGUAUCGGCCAGAGCGAGUCAAGUCCGUAGCGACGACCGAGUCAUUGGUGGACUCCGUUUUCGGCUGAUUAUCCCGGGGCCUACGGCCGCGAGCGGGAGCCCGCAGCUAGUCACGAUUGAUCGCGGUUGGCCGCUCUAAUAAUCUCGAUUCGGAUGAAGAGGACGUAAUUUUGUUGACGAUGAUUUUGGAGAUGGAGUAUUUGUCGCAGGAGCACCUGUCGGGCUUCGAGAAUUACAAAUACAACUCGCUGGAUACGAGCCCGCUCAGUUUAUAUGUUAUGCACCCGUUUUGGGAUAGGGUGAUCCAGUACUGUCCAAAAUGGGUCGCACCAAACGCAUUAACGUACGCGGGCUUCCUGUUCACGGUCGUUAACUUUAUUAUGUUUGCCAUGUAUGAUUAUUAUUUCUUUGCGUCGAGCGACGAUCAUCCUCAGUAUCCUGCCAUUCCAAAGUGGUUUUUUGCGAUGGCUGCGUUUAAUAUAUUCAUGGCUUAUACGCUUGAUGGAAUCGACGGCAAGCAGGCUAGGAGAACGCAAACGUCGGGACCCCUGGGAGAGCUCUUCGAUCAUGGUCUCGACAGUUGGACAGCUGUGUUAAUAACCAGUUGCAUAUAUUCGGUGUUUGGUAGGACAGAGCACAGCGUGUCGCCCCUGAGGAUGUAUUUCAUUUUAUGGAACGUGUUUGUGAACUUUUACCUGAGUCAUUGGGAGAAGUACAAUACGGGUGUGCUGUUCUUGCCAUGGGGAUACGACGUGUCGAUGGUGGCGACCAUCGUGGUCUUUGUCUUAACGAGCGUCGCCGGACACUCGGCGUGGAAGUUUGACUUGCCUGGUGGAAUCUCCGCUGGCUCGAUGUUUGAAAUGCUUUUGUACGUUAGCGCGCUAGUGUCUAACCUGCCCGUUGUCUUGUGGAAUAUUUACAAAUCGUAUAGAGACAAGACUGGAAAGAUGCGAACGUUGCCUGAAGCGCUAAGACCACUAAUACCGUUAACCAUACUUUUUGCGAUCGCAACUACUUGGGUGAUGCACUCUCCUAAUAAAAUAAUCGAUCAAGAUCCUCGAAUUAUUUAUUUUGCCAUUGGAACAGUAUUUUCCAAUAUAUGUUGUCGUUUAAUAGUUGCGCAAAUGAGUAAUACUAGGUGUGAAAUAUUGCCGUGGAUACUUCUUCCUGUCUUUUGUACAGCGUGUCUUGCUUACCUUUUACCUUCUCUAGAUCUGCAACUACUGUACUUAUUGGCUGCAAUUGCUUUAGCAACGCACGUACAUUAUGGCUCGUGUGUCGUACGUCAGAUGUGUCGUCAUUUUAGAAUUCAUACUUUCCGUAUAAAAAAUCAUUCGGAAUGACUACUUGCUGACGAUACAUGCUGAAAACGAAGGUAAUAAUAGGUGGAUAGUAUCUGUUACAGCGUGAACAGACUAAAGCGAAUAACAAAGAUCUGACAAAUUUUAUUGUAACCUAUUUCAAUCACAAAGAGAUUUCUCAUAUGAUAAUGUUUCUAAUUUCCUCAAUAAUUUUAUUAAUUUGAAGACUUGGACACAAAGCAUUGUAUAUCGAUGUGUCUUUUUGUGAUCUGACAAGACGCCAUAGCAAAUCUAAUCUCAUAAUACUGUGAUGAAAAUCGUGAUUGCUUAUCACAAAGCCGAUCACAUAUUAAUAUCAUAGAGAAUUAAAGAACCUGAUGUACAAUGCAGA